CUCUGUCUCUUGUGACCGAAGGUAAUGUUAUUAAAAUGCGUACUAAUUCUGCUGAGGAGUACGAUCUAAGGGGAAUUGGUCAAUAUGAUGACCAUUCGAUGGUCUUCGUCACAGAUGAUAUGGAGGACAAUGUUAUAGAGUAUGCGAACGAUAUGUAUAGCGUCAGAGAUACACAAUCAUACGCACCGCGAGAUGUAGAAAGAGACUUGGUAACUAAUCAUCCCGUUCUCACGCCCUUAAAGGGCCAAACAUACUUCAAGCCACGUGAAAGGAAAGCCAAGACUGUUGUAGGUGUUGUGAUUCCUUUCUAUAAUGAGGGUAGACAAGAAUUGGAACGUACACUGGAGUCAUUAUAUGAUCAAGAGAUUGAGUGUGGUGAUUUAGGUGUCGAGUUCGUGUAUCUUGCAAUCAUGGACGGUAUCACCAAGGCGGAUGAAUCAAUGAUAGAUUACUUGAAAGAGAUAUAUGACGAUUCAGAAUGGGCCGAUACGAUGCUAAGUUGCGAAGACAAAUCUUACGUAUCUAUACUACAAGCCUCACCAACGGAUGAAUCGGGAGAUCAUGGUCUGGUGGAAAUAGCUCCUGGAAAACAUCUGCGGUUGACAACUUUAGUGAAGGGAAUGAAUAAGCGGAAAACGAACUCACACGAAUGGUUUUUUGUGGCUUACUGUCCAGAGUAUGAGAUCGACUACGGGUUCGCGACAGAUUGUGGAACGCUCUACGCACAGGGUUGCCUAUAUUACCUCAUCGACUACCUCGACAAUCAUCCAGACGUUAGCGCUGUUACCGGGCGUCAGCGUGUCAUGUCUUCAUCAAUGCAGUCUCUAAGGACGGAGGGGUUAAUGCAGAUGUGGUACAGAGCUGUGCAAUCAUACGAUUAUGAAGCCUCCAUUUCCAGUUUCUUAGGAGCGUUCUCUCUGAUUGGGAUGCUUCCUGUGUUACCCGGUCCUGCAGGUUUGUGGCGAAUGAGUGUAGUGGGAGGCAAGCCGAUGGACUACUACGUCGACUAUAUCAACAGUAUCAAACCGGAGGAUGGCUUAAUUAUGGGAAACCUGCUACUCGCCGAAGAUCGUAUUCUUAGUUACGCUGCCUGUCUUAUGACCGGGAAGUUUACAAGAUGGGUACCCAAAGCGGUUUUCUACACCGAAGCAGAGACUGACAGCAAAGCGUUUCUCACACAACGUCGACGAUGGAUUAAUGGAACGUUCGCAUCGUACCUGUUUUUACUGUUCUUUUCACCUGGAGUGAUUUUCCGUGGACCACACUCGUGGUCAUUUAAGAUUAUCAUAUACAGUCAACUUCUGCUGCAAACGAUACUGUACACGGUCACAGCUGUUUCGCCUGCUAUCUUUGCGACUCUAAUAUACUUCGCCGUCAAAUCUUUGAACAUCGGCGGUAGCGAGUACAAUCAGUACGUGGCCUGGGCAAUCAACGGUUUCAGUGCCUUCAUGUAUUUGAUAUUCUGUGCGACGCAUUUUCUCACGAAGUUUUCGAGGAGCUUGUAUAAUGCAGUGGUGACUUGGAACACUCUGUCAUUUAUGGUAAUCGUUGCCAGUGUGGCCGUGACGUUCGCCAACGCGGAUCCCAUAGCCAUCCUGAUUCUUCUUCUGGCCGUAUUCAUGCCCUUCUUCUUGGCUCUGCUACACAGUCUGGAUGUAUUCAUCAUGAUGCUGUUUUCAUUCUUUCAGUUCUUCAUUUUCCUGCCAACAUUUAUACCAUGGUUCUCGGCUUAUUCUUAUUGCCGCGUGUGGGAUCUUUCUUGGGGAAAUCGACCUUCAAGCGGUUCUGCGGAAGGCAAGGAAGCAAACAAAACCGAGAUACUUCACAAAAGGAUUGGAUUGGCAGUACUACUCAUAGUUAUGAGCCUGAAUUUUACAGUGUGCGGUCUUUUUAUGGCUUACAACAACUCUCAGGCACUAAUGAUGAUGUCGAUGGUCAUGGUGGGCAUUUCUCUCAUGCAGCAGAUCCUCUCUUUCAUCUUCUAUCUGUUCUAUACUGAGCACAUGUUGACGGCUGGUGUUCAGAACGUCAACAGGAAGUGGAUGAAAUUUCUCAGCGGGACCCUUUUCGUGAUUACGGUCGUGUGCAUGUUCACCGGAACAUUCACGUCUAGUUGGCUUACCAACUCCGUGGAAGUAUACAACCGAUCAAAUAGUACCAUCGUAAUGAACCAGACUGUGACUGCAUUCACCGGACCGUAUCUGACGCAGUUGAGUAAAGAGGAUUUCCGAGAACAAGAGGGAGAUAAAGUUUUAGCUGAUGCCAAUCACGCGGAGUUGGUGAUAGUUAAUACCACCGGGUAUGCUGUAGAAACGGUUCAGACCGUUACAAAAAUUUACAAUAUGGAUCCGCUGAAAGAUUUGGCAUUGAGGAUUGAUUUGAAUCAGUACAAGUUCAGUGCUUAUUACGUGAAUAACACAGUCAUCACAAACUAUCUGGUGAACAUCACGCUCGGGGUUAAUGGGACGAUUGCGAAUCAGUCAGCUACCAGGAUGACGACAUACGUCGAGUAUCUGAAUGUCUCAUACUACGACGGAUUUGACAAUCAUUAUGGGGAUGUGAUGGCGGUGUCAGACAGGGACUAUAGAAAUGGAUACAUCACAAUCGAGGACUUCAACCAGACCGUGGUACGCAAAGACAUCGAGGUUGUUUCUGAGGAGUACGACGGUUACGUGAACCUUGCGUAUGGUAUCUUCUUCAUAUCAUACGAUUUCCAUACAAUAACUCCGUUCAAGAGUGAGACUAUCUCUUGGGGUCAGGACUUGAUGUGGCAUUACCCAAACACUAUAUGGUCAUAUACCGUAAUCUUGAUGGUGGGUUGUGUGAUUUUCCUAUCCCUCGUGGUUCUCGCCACUUGUUAUGCGCUCACGGUCAAAGAUAAGUCUCGAGUGUAUGGUGUCGCCGUGGUUUAUGUGUGGUUCACGAUCAUCGGGCUCUUUACGGCGAUCCUGCUGUUCCCCUUGAGUUUCGCGGACCUAGACACGUACCACGUGGGGUGGUGGAAUCCCGACAACAAGGAGCAACAGUAUCUCUGCGGUGAGAGUGCUGGCUUUUAUAACUCUGGCGAUUGCAAUAUGGGAUGGUCCUAUUGGUUGGUGGUGGUAUCGUUCAUCACGGCUGUAUUUAGCUACCACUCGGCACAAAUUACUUUAGAGAAACCCGAGGAUGUGAAAAAGGUGUUUAUCCCACCGACCUACGAGUUUGACAGCAGCGCAUUUACCUACAACGACGUCGACGUUGAGAAGGAGGGGGCGAAUAGAGAUGUGAAAGAUAAGCUCGCCGACUGCACACAUAUAUCCUUCACAUCACUCAACUACGCGAACACGGACACGGAGACUGGGUACCACUCGGGUGCUAAGGAGGAAAAGAGUACGUGGGAAUCGAAGUUCCGAAACCCGUUUACGAGUAGGAGUGGUAGUUUGAGAAAUAGCCGCAUGUUCUUCGAAGAUCCCAAUAAUAGUAGUACUGUUUCAAUGAUGAAUAGUGAGAGGUCAAACCAUGAUCCACGAUCGCUUGCCUCGUACUCCAACACAGAAAUUAAUCACAGUCCGCUCUCAGAACGAACAAACUUCAUUUCGACACAAUAUAGUAAUUUCGCGGAACUGAACGCGUACCCAGUUGACAUAUAAUACUUAAAUACACAUAUAUACAACAGAUAUAUUAAAGACAUUAUGUAAUCAUUGUUUUGCUAGUAUAAGAGGCUGUAUUCAAUACUUAAAUACACAUAUAUACA